UUGGUCGAUUCAACCUCCGGGCAGCUGUUUUAAAUUCUGAACGAUUUCGAGGAGGAACUUUUUAAAGUCGCGGUCUCGCACACGUCGUCGAUAAAUUAGGCGGAAAGCGUUAGUGAGCGAUGCUCAACGUGGGCGUGAAGGCGCUCCUUAGCUGGGUCAACAGUAUAAAGUCUUCCCCCGGAGACGUCCGUGUUGAAGACCUCCAAGAUGGCGAGAUCUUACUGGGUGUUGUCUACAAGCUGAAAAAGGAGGCCAAACCUUCUUUCCACACGAUUGAAGAGCGCUUUAAAGUCAUCACACAAUUUGUUGAAAAGGAUUGCAGAUUCUGUGCGGGCGAAGGCGCGUCGUUGUCGUGGGACAAGAUCAGACAUGGAAGCAACCUCACCGAAGAGAUGGCCAAGGUGCUUCUGUUGCUGGUGUACCACGACAUGAUGAACCACCGCUGCACCCUCAGCUCCUUGGAGUGUGACGUGGAGGAGGAGCUGGCCAACCUGACUGGUUCUUACGUGAUGGAGAUGGACGGAUGUGUGUACUUCAACCGUGGACUUGACGCCUACCUGGCCAAGAGAUGUUUACCCGUGUCCCGGGAAAUAAUGCAGUCGGCAGCAAGCACCUCCACCUCCGUCUCCUCCCUGUCGGACGAGGACUCUCCCGUCUUCCGCCGUGCAGCCAAAGUCAAGUUUCUGGAUAUCCACACGGUGGCGUCGUCUUCCACCAGCAAAUCUCCUCUUCAGGAUAUAAUGAACACCCCCAAAUUCCAGCUGAGGAAGAUGAAGAGACAGAUGAUCAAGGAGCGAGAGUACAUCGAUGGCCUGGAGGGGGAGCUCGCCGUCAAGAUUGCACUCAUCGCCCAGAAAGAAUCUCUCAUCAACCAGUUGCAGUAUCGUCUGGAUAGGAUGAAAAAUGAGCAGGCUCAUCAGGAGGAGAUGGCCAGGAAGCAAGUCGAUGAACUUGAGACCAAGAAUAGCUCUUUGCUUGUGCGACUGGAUGAGAUUUUGAAACAGAACAAAAACUGGAAAAGUAGCUCCUUGCUGAUGGAGCGGAAAGUGGACGAGCUCACAGAGGAGAAUGGCCUGCUCUCUUCCCAGAUGCGUGCGACAUGUUCCCAGCUGACCGCCCUGGAAGCGGAGGUCGGCAGGUUGACGCAGUCCCGAGCAUUUGCCCAGGAGGAGUGGAGCACCAAGAGAGACUACCUCCAGUCGGAACUCAAUCAAGCCAACGCUCAAAAGGAGCUCCUCGGUGAGCAAAUUCAGAUCCUGCAGGGAAAGAUUUCAUGUCUGGAGGAUGAAAUUGGAAAAGCAGCAAAGGAAGACACAGGAGAAAACAUGGGACCUGUAAUGGAGAGGGACGCCCUGAAGAACGAGAUUUGCUCUUUGAAGAAAGCAAUAAGUGAUCUUCAAGACGAACUUGAGCGACUGGAGCUACAAAAAGCGGCGCAAAUUAGAGAACUGCAGGCGCGCAUUGAUGCCUCUGAACAAGAACUGGAGACACUCAAGGAAAUGAAGAAGGAAAAUGAAUCCUUACUCAUUCAGGCUGGAGACAAGCUGAAAGAUCUUGAAACCAGGUGUCAGGAUCUAACUUCCCUUUUGGCUGAUAAGGACCUUCAAAUUACCAGUCUCCGGGAAGAAGUGGAGGUUUUCGCCGUUGAAACGCAGAAGAACAAACAGGAAAUUGAAACCAAAGACCAGCUGCUUGCUCAAUUGUGCGAGGAAAGUUCCGAUCAGCGAGAGAUUCUCCAGAAUAAAAUACAGACUCUGACAGUGGAGGUUGAAACUCUUACUUUGUCUGUCAAACGCGCCGAAGAGGAAGUCCGAUUUAAGCAAGAUUUAUUGGCUCAAAGUCAACAAGAUACAGUCAGGCAAAAGGAGGCGCUGCAGGAACAUAUUUUAACUAGCGAAGAGGAAGCUCGCAGACUAAAGACUGAAAUAACGGCCAAACACGAACAGCUGGUCGUCCUGCAGAAUGACGGCUCCAAGCAGUCUGAAAUUCUACUAGAGCAGAUCGGACAACUGAAAAGUCAAGUUGGAUCUCUGAGCGGUUGUCUCACAAAGGCUGAGGAACAAGUUCAAUCUCUUCAGGAUCUCCUUGAGAAGCAGGAGCAGGAACGUGUUCUCCAGAAAGAACUUCUGCAGCAGCAACUGAGCGCUUCUGAGCAGAGCGUAAGCUCCCUGAAGGAGGAGGUCCAGGCAAAAGAAAAGCAUAUUACGUUCUUGAACGAGCAGUUUUCAGAGAAGGCAGAGCAUCUUUGUGAAAAUGUCCAAAGUUUGGAGAAACGGGUAGAGACUCUCAGUUCAUCUUUGAAGAAUGCUGAGGAGAGUUUGCAAGCCAAGGAAAUUGUGUUUGUUGAACAGCAAUCACAGAGCGCUCAGCGUACUGAGGCGCUGCAGACGCAGUUGGGCUCCUCUCAACGGGAGGUGAACAGACUGAUCGCAGAACUCCAAACCAGGGAGGAACAGCUGGUUUUGCUGCGGGAGAGCUCAGCACAUUCUGAACUCCUUGAACAGAAGAUUGAGGGUCUGGACAAGCAACUGGGAAAUUUGACUGAUUCUCUUCGCCUUGCAAAGGACCAAGUGAAAGCCAAAGAAGAGCUGCUAGUCAAGCAGGAGCAGGAGAAGAGCUUUCACGUGGAGACCCUCGAACAGCACACCAAAGUCCUGCUGGAAGAGGCCAAACAAUUUAAAGAGGACAUCCAAACCAAGGAAGACCAGAUCAACAUGCUUAAGGUGGAGAGUAGCAAGCAAUGUGAGGUGCUGCAGAACGACAUUCAGAGUCUCAAGAACCAACUUCAAAAUGUGACUGAAACUCUGCAAAGUAAAGAAGAGCAAAUUCAUACAAAGGACAACUUGUUGGAAACCACAGCACUGGAGCUUUCCCAAGAAAGAAACAAGUAUCUAAGCCUGCUUGAAUCUUCUACGGAGGAGGUAAAGGUGCUUCGGGAGAACAUACAGUCUCAAGAGGAACGGCUCGUCACACUAAAAGAAGAAAGCUCCUCUCAGACCGAUGCGCUACUUAAGGAGAUCAGUCAGCUAAACGACCAAUUAGCUGAGGUCCGUGAAUUGCUGUGCAAAGCCGAGCAGCAGGUUCAGACUCUGCGAGCUCUGAUGGCCACACGGGAGCAGGAAAGUGCUCACCAGAAAGAGCUUCUGCAGCAGCAGCUGUCGGCAUCGCAAGCCGAGGUGGGGAGGAUGGAUGCUCAGAUCCGAACAAGCGAGGAAGGCAUCGUGCAGCUGAAUGCUGCCAGCUCGAAGCACUCAGACCUGCUCUGUCAAGAGAUCCAACACUUGAAGACACAAGUGGAGUCUCUUGAGGCCACCCUUGGUAAAGCUGAAGAGGAUGUUCAGUCCAAGAACAAUCUGUUGGCACAACAGCAGGAAGAGGCAGAGAGGAACCUCGAAGAAAGAGUCCAGACAGAAGAGCUUUUGCACAAGCAGAAUUCCUCGUUUCAAGAAGAAAUGGUGAAAAUGAAAGUAUGUCACGAUGAGAAAGAGAAACUCCUCCUCAAAGCUGAGGAGAAACUCAACGUGCUCCAGACCGAUUUGUCUUCUGUCAAAACCAAAACCGCAGAAAAAGACCAAAGCCUAGACGCCCUGAGUGCAGAGCUCGCUGCCCAGGCUCAUUUGCUGCAGAAAGCAAACGAGGAGGCUCAAAGCAAAGCCACCAGUCUGGCUACGAUCCAGGAAGAAGCCUCCAAACAAACACAUGAACUUCAGCAGGAGAUAAGUCAUCUCAAAGGGGAGCUGGAAGUGAUUUCCCUCAAACUGGAAGAAAAACAGCAGCGAGUAUCUGAAGUCCAACGGGAGUCUGCUGAGCUCGCUGAGCAACUGAAGCUUCAGCUGGCCUCAGUCAAUGCAGAUUUGAAACAAAACCAAGAAGCUCAGGCUGAAACCCUCAGACGGAGAGAAGGAGAACAGGAGCUUCAGCUUGUUCUUGCAAGCGAAAAGGAGGCACUUGUUUGCCAAAAAGAAGACCUCUUGGCCAAGGUGCUCCAGGCACAAAAUGACCACGUGGCCCUGGAGAAACGAGUGGAAGUGCUUGUUGUGGAGAAGGAGAGACUUGUUCAAAGCAAGCAGGCCACAGAGAGGGAGAACAUGGCCUCCCAAAAGCUGCAACAGGUGCUCCAGCAAGAGCUGGAAUUGUUGAAAAUGGAGAAAUUGGGGCUCAUGAAAGAGACGGAGAUGCUGAACAAAGACCUGCAAGAGCAGCUUGCCGCUAAAUCAGAAGCCGUGGAACACUACAAGGCUCAGAUGGAGAAGGCGGCCAGUCACUACAAUGACAAGAAGCAGCUUCUCCUUCAUAGCCACGAGGAAGUGUCGGCACUCAAGCAUUCCCUGGAAGUCAGGGAGCGGGAGUUGAAGGCCGCGGCCAUGGAGAACAAGCUACUUCAGCUGGAUCUGGAAAAGGCGAGGAGCAAGGAAACAACGAUGUCCAGCAAGCUGGCGAGUUUGGAGGCACAGGCGGCCUUUGCUGAGCGGAACCUGCGGGCCCUUGACACACCCGACCAAGGAGGGGCAUCCGAAUCGUUUUUCUUGGACGUCCCGCUGACACACCCGGAUGUUCACAGCAGGGUGCAGCCCAAGAGAACCGUGAGCUCUGACAGUCUGGACCAAAGCUCCCUGGAAGACUCGUUGAAGCAAACCAGGAAACUUUCAGCCCCGGGAGAAUCCAGCACACCGUUUGUCCGGAGUUCCGAGAGACUGGCUGCCAAACGCCACGGUACUCUCCGAGCAGAGUCCCUGGAGACGCUCUACUUCACACCCAUCAAUUCAAGAUAUGUCCAUAGGACCAGACGCAGUUCCAUCUGCACCAACCCAUCCUCCUCUGUGAAGACACGCAGGACCACUCAGGUUAUAAACAUCACCCUGACUAAGAAAAGUGUAGGUGGUGUAGAAGAGGAGGAGGCGUUCCUCCCUCCAUCUCGCUCGCAGCCCAACCUCUCCAGUGGCCACGCCUCCUCGCCCGUCUCCAUGAAGCUUUUUCACACGCCCGGGAAAAUGGCCGCCGGCGUUCAGCUGGUCGGCCUGCCCGGCUAUCGGCGCAGCACGCUCCACGCACAAACCACCAGCACCUUCUGUGUGGGUGCAGAGAACGAGCCGGAAGCUGCGCCCAACGACUGGAUGAGGAUCGCAGAGCUCCAGGCCAGGAACCGAGCCUGCCUUCCUCACCUGAAGAGCAGCUACCCUGUGGAGUUUGAGGCGUGUCAGAGUGCCUUCACCUUCACAGAUGAGGAGGUGCGUACAGGCGACCCCUCAGAGACCAUCCGCCGUGCCUCCGUCAUGCCAGGCCAGCUGCACGACUCUCUGACCUCGCAUCGCCACGCCAACAUGGCAGGACAAUCCAACAUGGCAGGACAAUCCAACAUGGCAGGACAAUCCAACAUGGCAGGACAAUCCAACAUGGCCGCCAGCACUCGGUCCCACCGUGUCACUGUCCAGCCGUCGACUAAAUCUCUCAACUCUGCUCGGCAGAGGAGCCCCAAAGUCUCCAAACGCUCGGCGCUGACUUUGCCUCAUCACACCUCACCUGAGAAAAAGUUGAAGGCCAGCUGCUUCCCUCGUCCGCUCACUCCCAAGAACAGGAACAUCAACAUGGGACCUCCUGGCAGUCCUAAGGAUCGCAGAGAGUCCAUGAUGUUCACCAUAGAGAACACACCAAAGAACAGCAGCAGUUAUUUGAAAAAAGGCCUCAGCAAACUCAGGAGCUCCGCCCGGAAAUCUGCCAAGAAGGCGCUGAAAGAAAACAUGGCCGCCAACGCCGCUCAUCCAUCCACACGUGAUCGCAUCAAGUCUCCCCAGGUGGUCUCUGAGGACGCCAGGAAGAUGAUGAGAAAGAUGAAGAUUUGAGAUCAUUUUUGACUUCAAUGUGCAAACAAUCACUUUUCUUUUACUUUUACUGUCCAAAUUGUAUUUUUGAAUAUUUCUUAUUUCUGUCCUUUUACCUUUUUGACCUGUAUCAUUUUGAAAUGUUACUCAAUAAAAUGUUUGAAAACCAA